CCGGUGACGGCAGAGGGAUUUACAAUGUUGCACGACCUAAUCAAGCGUGAUGUUUAUGCGUCUGACGAGGCGAGCAGGCAACGCUUAGAGAGGCGUGUGCAGAAGCUUGCGAGUGCCGCCAAGAUAUCCGUUGCCAAACAGAGCCUCCUACAGGACCACAAUCGCCUUCUGUAUAACGUCAACAACGAGGCCAAGGUCCGCCGAACGACCCGCUCGUUAGUUCUCCAGGAUGGAAAGGGAGAGGGCAAGGUGAUGCGCUGGGAGGACCUCGAAAGGGCACGAGCGGAACGCGCUACUAAAGAGAUGGCAGCUAGGGGGAAGGGCAAAAGAAAGCAUGGUCGAAAGCGCAAGACACCUAGAAAAGAAGAAGAAGAAGUGAUAUCUCUAGAGACAGAAGCGGGCCCGUCAAGGCUGAGGGAAAGACCAUCGAAAAAACGUAGGGUCCAGGAGCCUGCGCCAUGGAGGGCACCAGUGGCGACAAUGUAUUGA